CAGAGUCGUGACCAUUUUCUGCUUAUAGUACUUUCAGCAUACCCUUUUCUUAAGUCUGUUUUCAUUACCCUCGUCCUUUCUUUGGCAAUUUUGCCGAAAAAGCUUAUUUGUUCCAGUUGCUUACUGCCAUUGUACCAAGAAAGGUUAAAAAAGACGAGAGUAUAUAUCCUUUCUUACAAUCCAUGGCUGAUGAAACUGCAAGGAAUAUCAUAAGCUUGAAGGCAUUGGUGGACAAGGAGAGGAACAAUGUUAUCUUCAUAGAGUCUGACAAUGAUUUUAUCGACGUUCUAUUUAGUUUCUUAACAAUACCAAUGGGAACAAUUGUCAGAAAUACCAGAAAGCAUUCCGUACCAAUGGAAAUAGGUUGCAUGAGCAAUUUGUACGCCAGUGUUGAAAAAAUUGAUGUUCAGCAUCUCCAAACUGAAGCAUGUAGAAGGAUGUUGCUAUGUCCCCACAGUGGGGUUGAACAUCAUUGCGAAAAUCUCAAACUGAAGAUUGAUGAUGAUGAGCCGACGGGGUACUUUCUGUGUGACAGUUGGCAAUGCACCUUUGACAAUAAGUUAUUAAGUCACUACAAAGGUGUCCGUUGUCAGUGUGGAGCAUACAUGAAUGUGAAGUGCAGACUUUCAGGUUCAUCCACUUGUGAGAAAAAUGGGGGCAUCUUUGUCAACGAAUUCGGUGGUCUCAUAGUAACUGAUGGUUUACAUGUGAUAUCCCCAUUAUCUGUAGCAAGCAAUCCCUUGUUUAUGGAGCUCGGAGUCUUGAGUGAGAAUAGUACUACCGAAGAACUGACUUUGAAUGUAGGAGUUAAUGAGGUUCUGAAUUUGAUUAAGCGCUCAUUCGUAUCAAAGAAACCAUUGACAGAAACUCUAUUGGGUCACAAUCCCAAACAAGAGUUAUUAAGUAAUGCAAAUCUUAAUCAACGAAUACGUAGUGAAUCUCUAAUGCUUGGAGGAGAGAUGAUCCUGAUUGAGGAAGAAGAAAAAAGGAUUUCUGUUAAGUUAACAGUUAGCAGGUCAAGAAAUAUUGUUUGUUAUGCAGAAGCAGAAGAGGAUUUUGUCAAUUUACUCUUCGGUUUCUUGACUGUUCCACUUGGAUUUGUAGUCAAAUACAUGAGAGAAGCCUCUUCAAAGGGGUGCAUUGAUCAGCUGUACAAGAGCGUCCAAGAUCUUGAUGAGCAGUACUUGAAGUCAAAUUACCACAAGGAUAUUCUGUUAGACAAACAAACAAAUAUACAUCAAAUUCUACAUAUUCUACUAAAUCCCAAGCUUUAUCCUGGUUUUUGCUACGAGAACUAUCUUUUGGGAGUCGAGGAUGGCUCAGUAGCCUCAUAUUAUUAUGCAUUUUGGAAUGAAGAGGGACAUUUGCGGGAUAUAUUAACAACAGAUAAAAAACUAAUCCCUUCCAUUGCAGUGACGGUUCCACUCAAAUUGCUGGACAGUAAAAAUCCUCAUGGGUAUUUGAAAGGAUCGACAGUGUUCAUGAUAACUGACAAGCUGAUCAUAAGGCCUAUAUCCCCUCUCUUUGGCUUUUCGGUUUUGAACGAGUUAACUGUACCCUUGACUGACAUUAAGGAGGAAAGUGUUCUGGUUGGCAAGAAAGAGGCUUUGCAUCUUUUGGUGGCUUCUUUUCUAGGCGAAUCUGCUCUAACUGACGUCUUUCUUAGGCAGCCAAAGAACGAUUAAUCAUAUACAAUGUGUAUAAUUAAACAGAGCUUGGUUAUCUAAUGCAUGAUGGUGAUGCUUCUUCUGUUUCUAUAAACUGGAACUGGAUGGAUAGUACAGCGUCUGCACUUCUUUAUGUCGGUGUGCUAUGUAUAUUAAUGGCACCAUACUAAUACUAGUUGCUUAAAGAUAUUACUUAAGGAUAUUUUAGUGAAGGUUUGUUUGAUUAUUGACUCUCGGUAUCUAAUGCGGGUUUUAUUUAUUUAUAC